CGAGGGGACGCGCUGUCGUCAGCCUGUCACUCUUUUUGGAUCCACACGAGCUGAAGGCCCGGUAUCAUGAUUGGCCAAGAUGCCCCAUUACGUCUCCAACAAGCCAAGCCGAAGCUUUGGAGCGGCAGGGCAGGACGGCAGGGAUCCACAUGGAAGUUCCCUCGAAACUGACAGUGGAUGCUGACAGCGCACAGCGGGCAGCCACUGAGGGACAGCGACUGGUGGUGUCCUGGCUCGCCUGGAUAACGCAAUCCAUUGCAACCACUUGCGACCACUUGCGACCCGGCAUUGUCGUCCCAGAUCACAAGUCACAAGUCACCUUAGGUUCCCGCGCUUCAACUUACAACCAUCCACCCAAGGGAACCUUGGACCACCACCGCCUGUUGACAAAAACAUCACCAACAAAACAGGCACCGACGAAUCGCUCGUUUUCCGAAGGGCCUCAUCUCAGCUUCCAUUUGCUUGAAGAACCGCAUACUUGUACAUACCGAAUCCCAUCUCGUCGACGACAAUCAAUCACUACCCUGCGCAUCGCAUCAGGCACCGAUAAGCCAAACUAUCUGCUAUCAUAACCACAACCACAACCACGACAACCACCACCAGCAACCAUGUCAUUCGAUCAGCUCUCCUCCCUUGAGGCGGGGCGCCGUCGUAAUACCGGUGGCAACCAGUACACCGAUGACCCCGAGUUCCAGCGCCUCUCCCAAGAUUUGAUGAACAAGCUCUUCAAGCUUAACGGCAACAACCAGCGACUCCAAGGCGAGGUCGGCCACCUCGGCACGCGGCGCGAUACUCCACGGGUUCGGGAACGAGUCCACGAGCUGAUUGAGGAGUCGCGCGAUCUAUUCAAGGAAGUCGGCGGGGGCGUCAAGAAGGUGCAAACCUGGGAAGAUGUCACUCCGACCCAAAAAUACAUGCAACAAAAACUCUCGCGCGAAUUCCAAUCCUCCCUCUCCGAAUUCCAAUCCCUCCAACGCACCGCCCUCGACAAGCAAAAAGCCUCAGUAACCGCCGCCCGCUCCGUGAUUGACGCCACCGACCCUUCGCACUCUUCGCACCCCGUGCUCGAGUCCGGGGAACCCCAGCUGCUGCAAUAUCAGGAGCAAGAACUCACCCACCUCGCGUCGCAAUCCGAUGUCGAUUUCCAGGAUGCGCUCAUCCUCGAGCGCGAAGAGGAGAUUCGCAAUAUCGAGCAGGGUGUUGGCGACUUGAAUGUGCUGUUCCAGCAGGUGGCUCAGAUUGUCAGCGAGCAGGGCGAGAUGCUGGAUACGAUUGCGAAUAAUGUGGAGAAUGUGAGGGAUGAUACGGCGGGGGCGGAUAGGGAGUUGAGGAGUGCGGCGAGGUAUCAGAAGAAUGCGAGGGGCAAGGCGUGCUGUUUGUUGCUGAUUUUGAGCGUUAUCUUGACGAUUGUUUUGUUGGCGGUGUUCUUGGGCUAAAUGGGUGGGACAUGAUAUGGCAUGGUAUGAAAAACAAGUGCAGGAUGCGGAAAGACGGGACACAGUAAGGAUAUGAUUGUUGAUGAUGUUUUGAUGAUGAAACGGAAGGGAAUGGCCCGGAGGACAGGGUAAUCCUGUAAUGGUUGGUUUUGUUAUUUCUGUUGCUGUCGUUGUUGUUGAUUUCGUUAUCGCAAAGACGCCUGGGAGGGAUCAAAGACAGGGGAAAGGCGUUUUCGGAGUUCUUACAUUCUUUUUUGACUCUUGUUGGCUAUACAGUUUCCAUCUGGCCUCUGUAGGCGGCCAGUCCAUCUAUCAUCCAUCCAUAGGUAUCUUAUGUCUCAUACAUCUACAUACAUACUGUACAAAAACCGCUAUGCUCUAUCUUGUGACAUGGCUUGCGAGAUCACUUUCUUUACGGCUGUGUGAUUCGGCUCCCAAUCCAGCCCCGGCAGCUUCGGUCUCACAUACGGAUCAUCUCCCCUCCCCUUGGCCGGUCCCAGAUAUGGCGGCAACGGCAUCUUGGCCGCCACCACGCUCGUGAUCGCGUUGCUCGUCAGACUCGUCGUGAUCCAGUACAGGUGCAGCGCCGCCGGCAAGUUGAUGGUGGCGGGCCCAACGAUCAGCGUCAGCAGCAGCAGCGCCCGCUGCAUCCUAAGUCCUACGGACUUUUGCUGCUUGAUCUUGGAUGCGUGCUCGCCAAUAUUGUUUGGGUUGACGUCCUCCGUCCCGGGGUUCAGGAGACGCAACCACCCUUCUUGGUUGCGAGGCAUUACGUUGACGAACAUGGUGAAAGAAAGAACGAAAGGGAGAAUGUGCAGAGGGUCGGCGGCCAUGAGGUCGGGGAACCAGAGGCAGCCCUCCAUGGUGGUGGGGAGGGUGUUUUGGAAAUAGCUGGAGAGGGAUUCCGGGAGGAUGUUGGCUAGGGGGUUGACAAUGGCGUCGGCGACGGGCGUGGUAGUGGUGACGGAUGCUUCCGUGACGGCCUGCGUGGCGUUUGUGGCCGCUUCAGUUGCUUGUAACACUGCUUGUUGUGUGGUUUCCGCCGCCUUCGAGGCCGCCUCCGCCGCCGCCCUCCCAUCCUUAUUAGCCCCCAAAAACAUACCCAACAGACCAACCGGUCCGCCACACAACCUCCUCAAAGCCUCGAUACCCACCAGCCAGCCGGGAAAGGCCAAAAACGGCACAAACUGCUUCCAUGGCUGCACGCCCCACUCUUUCAGUAACCUUUUGCUCGUCUUCUCCAUCCGCUUCAUGAUCUCGGUGGGCGGGUGAAAGUCGUGCUUGACGGGAUCGGCCUGCUUCGCGUAGUUGACUUCUUGGUAGUGCCUCCGGCCCCAUGCCAUCAGAAUGGGCUUGAGCAGGGCCCGGCGCUGGGCGAGCCGCUGGGUGUAUUUGGCCGCGGGAACGCGGAAGAUGAGGCUGAUGGUCGCGCCGAAACCGGGAAUGAGAAUGUACCAUGGGAUGUGCAGGUUGGCUUGGGCGGCGAGGAGGAGCUGCUCGACGGUGGUGACGGCCUCGUUGACAAAGGUUCGUCGUUGUGAGGGAACCGAUGAGGCUGGACUAUUCCUCCUGUGAUGUAUUUGGGUGGCUGCUGUGAAGCCCAGUGGUCGAACUGAGCUCGAUGUGGUGGAAAGCCCAUGCCGGGCGAGCGAGCUCAUGCUCAAACCGCUGACUGUACGUCCUCCGAAAGCAGCCAUGAUGAGCUGGGAGCUGGUGAUGAGUGAGACAGGGUAGAAAGAAGAGAAGAAAGAAAAAAAGUUAGGGCAUCAUAUUAUCCAUCCAACUUGAAUCACCCUUUCCUUCCAACCUCUCUCUUUUCAGCACUUUACUGCUGAACAACUGAGAUGAGAUGUUGUUCCC